AUGGCAGAUUUGUUUGGACCCGACUGCAAGUAUCUAUCUCUGUCAGUCGAGAAUUACGAUGGAGCGCUGCAACUGAUGGAGCAAAUGGUUCGGACGAUACGACUGCAAAAAGCAGAACAGCGAAAGAGUUUGUUAAACGUGGUAAAAAUAGUUCAUGAUCAAAGCGUAGCUAGAAAGAUGAAAGCUGUGGCUGAUAAGUCAAGAAUAUGCUCAGUUUCAUAA